AUGGCGGUUUGUACCGGAAGUGGUGUUGUUUUGGGUAGAACUGGGGAGAUCGGAUCAGAUACGCAAACCACUUGUUGCACAGUGUUUCGCAUUAUUCUGUUUGGAAAUUUCAUUCUCAGUCAAUGGAUAAAUUAAAGAAAGCGCUCAGCGGAGAUGACGACGACGAAGAGUCUGGAAUUGUAACACAGAUUUCUAGCUCUACCACUCUGAGCUGGUCAACAAGAGUCAAAGGAUUUGCCAUCUGUUUUGUGCUGGGCGUGUCCCUAUCAAUCUUGGGAAGCAUCUUACUGUGGUUCAAAAAUGGACUUGUCCUGUUUGCUGUUUUCUACACUUUUGGAAAUGUUUUGUCACUUGCAAGCACAUGUUUCCUAAUGGGACCAAUGAAUCAACUGAAGAAAAUGUUCGCUAAAACAAGAAUUAUAGCCACCAUUUUAGUCUUGGUGAUGUUUGUGCUAACUUUAGUCUGUGCAUUUGCACUGAAGAACCCAGCCCUCACUCUGGUUUGUUGUAUCCUACAGUUCUUAGCUUUAACAUGGUACUCCUUAUCAUAUAUUCCAUUCGCAAGGGAUGCUGCAAAGAAAUGUUUUGGAGCAUGUUUAGAAUGAAGUACCAAUUUCCAGCAGCCCUCUGCAUUUUUUGGUGGACAUCUAUGGUGUCAGAGAUAUUUAUUGUUAAUUUGCCAUUGUGUCCCAUGUAUUUCAGUGCUAAAAUCAGAGGUUUUGUAUUUUCAUUAUGUAUAUUUAUGAAUGGUAUUGUUUACAAACUAUAAAGUCAUAGGAGGCCUGGUAUUCUAUUUUUGAAAAAAGAGGAAUUAUUUUUUAUGAAUGUUUGUAGAAAGUAGUGCUGAUUUUAAAUAAGGAAAGUAAAACACUGUAAAUUCCAUUCAACAUUUAGAUAUCAUGUUUGGUGAUGAUCCACUCUACAAUCCAUCAAAGUUUAAUAUCCCAAUUUCACUUUUGCUGGUACAAGUACUAUUUUUACUGAUUUGCCAUUUGUAAUUUCAUGUAUUCAACUAUAGUCUUUAUAUCAAGAAAUAUUGAUAAGUGGGAUAUUUGGUCAAAGGCUUUUCAGUAUGUUUCUUUGUAUUUUGCAUCAUUCUUCAAGUUAGUCAAAUCUUUGUAAAUGUAUUCCUCCACAUAAAUAUUGAAAAAAAAUAAGUACCAAACAUAUAAGUUAAAGCAUUCAUAAUUUUGUCUCAUCGCCCAAGUCAGUUCAUUUUGUUAUCAUAUGAUACAUUGAUUCCUCCAGAAGAAUGAUAUAUAUUUUUAUUGUCUUUUACUCUGUUUGUUAUGAAGGUGCUAGCGCUCAUUUUGUCAGUGUGUUGUAUUCAAUCAAAUCAAUGUUGUAAGAGAAUAUAGCAUUUUUAGAUUAUCAUUCAACAGCACAAAUAUGGAAGUUUUGUCAACUAAGAAUAUCAGGGAAAACGAGCCUCAUUUCUCUCUGAAGAUUCUGGCUUUUACUAUGUUUGUAUUGAACUAUAAAAGCCUCAGUAUUUUGAAGGUUAGAUCAACUAUUUUGUCAGAAUUUUUAUUUUCUAAUAUGUAUGUAAUAGGUGUUUACAUACAUGACACUGUAAAAUAAACAUUAUACAUGUAUGAUGUUGCACUAUCUUAUGGCAUCUGUUGAAUGUGAAUUGCCUUUUACAUAAUACUAAAAAACUUGAAAACAUCUUCUUCAUGCAAGAACAUACCAUAUUGUAUACUGGUAAAUGGUAGUAUCUAUAUGUAACAGUAUUUCAUUGAAUGCAGAACAAUGGCAUCAUUAAGGUACAUGUAAAAGAUUUUCUUCAUAAAUAUGUAUAUUUCUUUGAACAAAUGCUAGUUUUUAACAAAAAAUAUUAUUUUUGAAUUUACUGGCAGGAUAAGGGCUACAUUGUAAUGAACACCUCUCAGUUUGUACUGAUCUUUUGCCUUUCUUUGCCAUGCAGUGCCUCAACAAAAGAAAUAUUUUGUAUGUUGUCGAAUUCUGUCUUCUAAACCUUAUUCACACCUGUACAUCUCAAUGUGAGACAAGUGCUUUUUAUCAAUUCUUUAACAUACUGUAUAUUUUCUCAUGAUAUACAUUAUUUGUCUUAUGUAAGUAAAUGUACUGGAUAUUAUGAAACUGUCAGGCAAUUUCCAUCAUGAAUAAAUAUGAUGAUGAAAAAGUAAAUAA